CCGAGCCGGGCCUCGCUCUUGCCCUGCGGGCACUUCUGCCCUUCGGGGUUUGGCACCCACCUCGCAGCGGUGCAGCCCAGCUGCCCUGGCAAGGGAAACACCAUGGGCACCACGGUGGUUUUCCCACUGGCGGGGAAAAGCCACGAGCCUGGCAGGGGGGUCGGAGCUUGGCUGAGAGAAUGUAGAAGACUGCAACAUGGAAAAAAGAUCCCAUUAUGCUAAGAAGGACCUGAUCCUGAGGGAAAUGCCUCCUGCCCUGGUGGUGGUACUGCUUCUGGCUGUCCUGCUCCUGAACAUCCUCCUUUAUCUGUACCUCAGUAGUUUUUAUGUGUCCUCCAGCCAUCUGGAUUUAGAUCCCAAUCUCUGCCCCUCUGGGUACUUCAGACUAGGGCCUCUAAAAAAUUGUUCGCCAUGGCUGUCUUGCGAAGCCAUAGAUAAAGAAGUCAGGAAGCUGAAAUGUGUUGGUGAAGGAGCUGUAAAAAAGGUCUUUCUUUCAGAGUGGAAGGAAAGCAAAGUUGCCCUUUCACAACUCACCAACUCAGAGCUGGAGAAUGACUUUCUCCAUGGAUUGAAGAUGCUAAAAGCUCUACAGAGCAAGCAUGUUGUGAAAUUGCUUGGCUAUUGCAAAGAGCAGUACACAAUCCUAACAGAGUAUCACCCACUAGGCUCCCUGAAGAGUCUGAACGAAACAUUGGACCUCCCCAAGUAUAAGGGCUUGAAUACAUGGCAUCAUAGAUUCAUACUUGCCAUAGACUAUGUGAGAAUCCUUCACUAUUUGCACAACAGUCCCUUGGGCACCUUAGUGAUGUGCGAUUCCAACGACCUGGAUAAGGUGCUGUCACAAUAUUUGCUGACGAGUGACUUUCAUAUUGUGGUGAAUGAUUUGGAUGCCUUGCCUCUUGUGAACCGGAGUGCUGGCAGACUGGUAAAGUGUGGCCAUCAGGAACUCCGGGGUGAGUUUGUAGCUCCUGAACAGCUUUGGCCAUAUGGGGAGGAAGUGCCAUUUGAUGAUGACCUCAUGCCUCCAUAUGACGAGAAAACAGACAUAUGGAAAAUUCCUGAUGUCUCCAAUUUCUUGUUGGGGCAUAUUGAAGGCAGUGAUAUUGUCAGGCUGCAUUUGUUUGACGUCCACAUGGAGUGCAAGAAGAACAACCCAGUGGAAAGGCCUUCUGCCCAAAUGGUUCUGGACACAUACAGAAAAGUUUUGACAUCCCUGAUCAGAGAAGUUGCCAUGCCUGGAACAAGGGAAAUGUUGUAAACAAUUGUGAGAGAGGGGCUUCUACAGAGCUUUGGCCCUAUGGGGAGGAGGUGCCAUUGGAUGAUGAUCUCAUGCCUCUGUAUUAUGAGAACACUGACCUGGAAAAUUCCUGAUGUCUCCAAUUCUGUGGACUUACUGUGGUUGACAUCCCUUUUAUUUAUUUAGCACCAAAAAUGUACAGAGUGGCAAAGGGUCAUAAGGAUCCUGCCCCAGAGAACUAAGGAGACAAAACCAACACUAAAAGGGUUGAAAAAUGGCAAGGUGGUUUUGUGACUAUUUUUGGAUUUUUUUAACCAAAAGCCCAGUAUGGGAGAGUUCCCAGCACUACUACUUUUUUUCCAUUGUGUC